AUGUCUUCCAUUCCAUUCCUAUCGGAGCCUUCCGAUGCAGAGUACGAGGAGAAUGUCGUAGCCGACAACAUCCUCGAUGCUCUUGAGACUCUGGCAGCCGGCCACAUCCCCGCCUCUCUUCACAAGGACGAGGAAAAGCGACUCCGAUUCCUUGAAGCCGCCAGGAUGGCCUCCCUAAAGCUCGAGCAACCCUGGGACACCAUGCAGCGGCUGAUCUUUUGUGCACUGCCACCCAACAUGGUGCAAGUGGGCAUUGAUCUGGGGCUGUGGAGACUACUUGCUGCGCGGGAGGGUACGGCGAUGAGCGUGAGUCAGUUGGCUGCCGAGUUGGGCGCUGAAGAGGCACUGCUAGUGCGAGUGCUGCGGUAUGCAGCAACACAGUGGAUGGUGGAGCAGGUCGGAGUGGAGACGUACCGGGCCACAAAUAUCACGCGAUACUUGGCCAUGUCAGGACUUGAAUCUGUGAUAUUCCAUGUAACAGAGAGAAACAUUGCAACAUAUAAUGCGAUACCAAAGUGGAUGGCGGACAAUGGCUACAAGCAACCGCAGGACAACAAGCAUCUUCCAUUCAACUUGGGCAAGAACACGGACCUGCACUUCUUCGAAUGGCUGUCCCAG